GUCGUUUGCACAAUGGAUAAACUGCACUAGAAUUAACGGGCAAGGGUUUAGGGUUAAACCCUGAAGCCCAUCAUCCUCUCCCAGCAAAUCAUCUUCAGCAAGGCAGUUAAUCCAAACACAAAGAAAUGCUUCUCUACCGUACCUCUUCAAUCCUGCAUUUUUAUCGAUUAUCAUCACCUUCUAAACUCCUAUCUAAGUUUAAAACCUCCAGUUCAUUUUUCUCCAGUUCCGUACCAUCCUCUUCUUAUCCACUUGGCGUCCACUUUAUUUUUCUCAACAAAUCAGGCGGCAGACAUUUUAAGGGAUUCUCUACCGUUGCCACCGCUGUAGCGGACAAAAAGGGAUCAAGCAGCACUUUUUUCGCCGACGACGCUGUUUCCUGGAAGUCUCUAGGUUUAUCAGACCGCCUCUCGCGUGCUGUUGAAAAUUCUGGGUUCGGUAGACCAUCUAUUGUUCAGGCUGCUUCCAUAGCUCCUAUUCUAUCAGGAAAAGAUGUGGUGAUUGCUGCAGAGACUGGUAGUGGUAAAACACAUAGCUACUUGGUUCCUCUAAUCGAUAAACUAUGUGCCGUACUGGAUGGUUCCAAGAAUACCAAUUCUGAUGAAGGAUUGGCUCCUUCCCAUGGACUUUCUCUUGUUCUUUGCCCAAAUGUGUUGCUAUGCGAACAAGUUGUUCAAAUGGCUAAUGGUCUUUCCGGAGAUGAUGGUGAACCACUUCUAAAAGUUGCAGCUAUCUGUGGGCGACAGGGAUGGCCAGUUGAUAAACCAGAUAUUAUUGUUUCAACACCUGCUGCUCUCUUGAAUAAUAUAGACCCAAAAAGACAUCGUCGCUUGGAUUUUAUCCGUGGCAUGAAAUAUGUGGUAUUUGAUGAAGCUGAUAUGCUUUUGAAUGGAAGCUUCCAGAAUCAAGUUAUCCGUCUCAUAAACAUGCUACGUUUUGAUGAAAAGCAAUUAUCUCACAUGAAUAAAUCUGGGGCAGAGAAGCUAAUGGGAAUAAGUAAUGAUUCUUUGUCAAACUCUGGCUUGGAAGAUGAACACUAUAUCCAAAACACUGAUAUUGUAGAGAGGGAGGAAAAUUCUGAGAGUGAUGUUGAUGUUGAAGACUUAACUGAGGAAACUAAAUCUGGGUCUAUUCAGAAUAAAGACUGGAGGAGAGUAAGAAAAAGUUAUGAGCGCAGUAAGCAGUAUAUUUUUGUUGCAGCAACCCUUCCAGUUAAUGGAAAGAAAACUGCUGGAGCAGUGUUGAAACAGAUGUUCCCAGAUGCCAUUUGGGUCAGUGGAAACUACCUCCAUUGUCACAACCCCAGAUUGAAGGAAAAGUGGGUUGAAGUUACUGUGGAUACACAGGUGGAUGCACUCAUAAAUGCUGUGAAAGAACGCUUUGUUUGUGGCACUGACAUAAGUCGAACUAUGGUGUUUGCAAAUACUGUCGAGGCUGUUGAAGCGGUGGCUAAGAUACUAGAAACAGCUGAGAUUGAAUGUUAUCGUUACCAUAAGGACCACUCUUUAGAGGAACGCACCAAGAACCUAGUCAAUUUUCGGGAGAAAGGUGGAGUAUUUGUUUGCACUGAUGCUGCUGCACGUGGUAUUGACAUUCCAAAUGUUUCACAUGUUAUUCAGGCAGAUUUUGCUACUUCUGCAGUAGACUUUUUACAUAGGGUUGGUCGCACAGCUCGAGCUGGUCAAUAUGGGCUUGUCACUAGCCUUUACACUGAAUCAAACCGGGAUCUUGUUGAUGCAAUUCGUCUAGCAGGAAAACUGGGUCAGCCCGUGGAUACGGCAUUCAGCAGAAAAAGAAGCUUCCGGAAUAAGCUUAAGAAGAGAGCAGGUUCCAGCAAAGUUAGAGGCACAUCAACUGUUGAAAUGGUGACAGUUUAAGGAACUUGAUGUGUAAAGGUGUAUACAUCUCAUGGGCUAUCAAGUUUUUCUAUCUUUCAAGUUUUUUUUUUCCCUUUGUAGUAAAAUACAUGUCAAUGAAAUUGUUCUUGUUCCAUUAAGUUGAUACAUAAUGUACACAAGCUAGAAAGUAAAAGUGCCCAGAGCUCGUUAACAUUUUCCUUCUUUUA